CUCGGCGUGCGCUAGACUUGGCCUGUGGAAGGAUGUCCGGUUCUUCGUACCGAGAGCAGCGACGGGAGGGCCAUUGGGGGAGACACCCGGAUGUGGGCGCAGGCUACAGUUCAGGUGGUGGCCGUGACUACGGAAGGGAAGAUCGUCGUGAUAGAUAUGGUGAUGCUCGUAACGAGCAUGCAACGCCUCGCGACCAUGGGGAUUACCGGGAGCAACCACGACGGUUCGUACCAGUGUGCUACGAAUGCGGAGAACCAGGGCACUAUAGGAAUCAGUGCCCCAAGCUGGUGGGUGAGAGUAGUGGGCAUCACAUGCCACGGCGUGGACGUUCUACUUCGCCUACUUAUCACGACAAGACUGGAGAACGUCGUUCAGCAUCCGAGGAUCCGGCAGUCAGGAAGCAGCUUGAAGACCUAGCGAGUUCUAUCGCUGGGAUGAAGAGUUUCAUUGACGCAGAGCAGCAGAGGAAGGAGGACAAAGCGAGAGCAAAAAUGGAGAAGGAGAUGCGUGCACGUGAAGAGAAAGAGCGAGUACUGAGAGAAGAGGAAGAAAGGCUAACGAAAGAGCGGCGUCUGAAGAAAAAAGAAAGAAGAAAAGAAACGCUUGGAGGCGGAGGCCCGGGAGGCGUUGCGGAAAGACCUUCGCAUGGAGAUCCGCAUGCAUAUGGGAAACGCAAGGAGAAGGUACCCGUACAUGCGUCUGCGGAGGAAGAUAGCCACGAGUUCGAAGGCAGUGAAAUCGAGGCGUUAAGUGAACAGGCGGAACGCCUUAUUAUCAGCGAAAAGCGGAAACGAGGUGCCGACAGAACUAUUGGAGAUAGUCCGCCCAUGGAAACUCCGGCCAAGCGGACGGCGUCACACGGCGCAUUGGAUCCGAAACGCUUGCUGCUAAGCGUCAGACGCCAACCGAUGAAGACGCCACCAACCAAGAAGACACCGAGAUCUCGGAGGGGUAAGUGGGGAGCGAAGAAGGUGCCGGCGUCACCCGACAUGAUGGGGUUUGUUACCGACAAUAUCCGUGAUUUGGGAGAACGUAACAUUGAGGAACUGAAGCACAUCUGCAGAGAGGAGAGUGUCCCUUUCGAAGGGCUGAAGAAAAUGGAUAUGAUUCUGGCAAUUACGGAGAAGCGAUCGAAUGCGGCGUUCAACACGGAGGUGGGAAAUGUUGUAGCUACGGAGGCGACGGGCGAGGAGUUGGAGGCGAACAAGCAUGAAGAACAAGUUGAGGAGGAAGCAGCGAGCGAGGAGGAUUCGGAGAACUGAACAACUGAAGAGUAUUGGAGACUGUGUAGAGCGCUCAUAGGCGUUCGUAAAUAUAUGCCGCAUGUUUCUAUCAUUGAGAAUC